UAAAAUUUAAGUCUAGGUUUUUAUCAAUCUCUUUGUUCUCACACUCACUCUCUCUCAUCGUCACAUUUCUGUGGAGGGGAAAGGAGCUGUCGUUUCUCAGAUUGGCAGAUAUUAUUGAUGUUUGUGUGAAUUAGUGAAGUUGGAGCAUGGAGAAAACUAAAGGGAAGAAACAGCUAGUGUUUUUGGAUGUGUCGAUUGAUGGAGAUCCUGUUGAAAGGAUGAUUUUUGAGCUCUUCACUGAUGUUGCUCCCAGGACUGCUGAAAAUUUUCGCGCUCUUUGUACAGGUGAAAAAGGUGUUAGUGCUAAAACUGGGAAGCCACUACACUACAAAGGAACAUUUUUUCAUCGUAUUGAGAAAGGACAUUUGGCUCAGGGAGGGGAUUUUCUUCGUCAAGAUGGCAACUAUGGAGAAAGUAUAUAUGAUGGGAAGUUUCCAGAUGAAUCUCCAAAACUGAAACAUGAUGGCCCUGGUUUAUUAUCUAUGGCAAUUGCUGACAGAGACGAGCGGGGCUCGCUGUUCAGCGUCACCUUUAAGGCUGAUCGUCGUCUUGAUAGGAAAUGUGUUGUCUUUGGUGAACUUGUCGAUGGGCAUGAAGUGUUGAAGAAGAUUGAAAAUGCUGGGGAUGAAGAGGGGAAACCUUCUGUGACUGUGAAAAUAAUAAAUUCUGGACAAUUACAUGAUGAUAGAAAGAAGGUGAAUAAGUUGAAAACGGGGGAUUUCAGUGAAGAAAAUAACAAUGAAGCAAAACGAAAGGGAAAGCACAAGAAAUCUUCAAAGAAGAGGAGGAAAAGAAGAAGAUAUCACACAUCUGAAUCGGAUAGUUCAUCGGGUGCUGAUAUGGAGUCUUCUGAAUCUGAUAGUGGUUCUGAUUCAUAUGCUACCUCUUUAAGUGACACUAGCGCAUCAAGUGUUGAUAGACGCAAGAAAAGGAAGAGAGCUAAGAGGGAUAGGCAUGGGCAUAGGAGAAGGAAGGAUAGGCGACAUGAAAGACGUCGUAGAAGGCGUGAUAAAAAGAUCAGACGUAAAUUGAAAAGGGAUAGUGCCUCAGAUAGUGAGAGUGCUAGCAAAAGUGGAAGUAGUUCUGAGGAGAAUGCUGCAUUGGAUGGGAAGCGCAAAGGCUCUGGAGAGGCAGUUGACGUGUCUGAAAGGGAAGAGGGUGAGUUCCCGGCAGAAAAUGGGGAUCAUCAAAGUAAUGGUGUUGGACUAGAAAUAGGAUCUGAUCAAAGAGCUGAUAGACAACCUGAUCUAGUAGAGGAUCGUCGGAGCAAAUCUAGGAGUCAAAGCUUAAGUCCUAGAAGAGCCAUGAGUAAGAGUACGAGCACUAGUCCUAGGAGGAGCACUCAUAGAACUCCAGGAGUUGGUUCAAAACAUAGCAGGAGCCGAAGUCCCAGUGUUAGCAGGAGGCCCCAGCAGAUCUCUGACAGAAGCAGGAGUAACAGUCCUGUUAGAAGUAGAAGCAGGAGUCCAAUAGGAAGUCCACCAAGGAGCAAGAAGGGAAGAAGUGGCAGCAUGAGCCCCCCAGUAAGCUCUCCUCGACAAAGCCGUAGUAGAAGUGCCACAGUUUCUCCUCCCAGAAGAGUUGCACGGACUCCACCAAGAACCUCAUCCAGGAGGUCAUCAUUGAGGUCGGCUAGUCGGAGUCCCGUGAGAUCCUCUCGACGUAGUUUAAGCAGGAGCUCGGGUAAGCCCUCUCCUAGGAGCUUAAGCAGAAGCCCUAGAAGAUCGUCACGCAGAAGUAUGAGUAGAAGCUCUGGUAGGGCUCCACCUAGGAGAAGCCCUACCCAAAGUCCAGUCAGUCUCUCUGGGAGUCCUGUAAGUGCAGGCCGUAGGGCAAGGUCUCCUGCCACUGAUCGUGGUAGAAGCUCAUCAAGAAGUCGUUCUGCUGAUGGAUCGCCCAAACGCAUUAGAAGAGGAAGGGGCUUUAGUGACCAGUACUCUUAUGUCCGGCGUUACCGGAGUCGCUCUCCUGAUCGUUCCCCUAUAAGAUCAUAUCAUUACGGUGGUAGAAGUGAACGUGACCGAUAUUCAAGUUACAGAAGGUCUCCUAGGCGUUACAGGAGUCCACCUCGAGGACGAACUCCUCCCAGAUAUAGGGGCAGGAGAAGCAGGACUCGUAGUCCUAGUGUGUCUCGCAGUCCAAUACGCUAUCGCAGCCAUCGUUAUAGCCGUAGCCGGAGCCCUAUUCGUAGUCGAUCUUCGGUUGAGAGGUAUCGAGGUUCACCACAUGGUGAAAGGCGAAAGUCUCCUCCUUCAACGAGCAGAAGCAGAUCUAAAUCGCGGUCUUCACGGGAUUCACAAUCCCCAAGGCAUUCGGACAAAGGCAACUCAAGGUCAUCAUCUGGAAGUCCCCCACGGAAGACGGGUCUGGUCUCAUAUGGAGAUGGCUCAGCCGAUUCUGGCCGGGAUUAAUGACAUGGCUGUGAUGGUUGAGUCCAUGGGCUUUGCAAGCUGGCUUAGGCCUUGCUUUCCUAAACUCUUUAUAUUAUAUUUUUCGCUCUUGUUAGGUUCAACUUUCUUAAUGUGUAACAGUGCGUUUGAGGCAUUAGUAGUUGUGAUUGUUGAGUUUUAUUAACCAUGAUAUGUACUUGAAUGUAUAUGUUCGUUAGAAUGUUCAAGGCCUUUACAUCUUUUCAAGGGUUUUAUGCAUGCAGAUUUUCACUGUA